AACCUCAAAAUUCAUACCAAUCCAUCUCUCCUCCAUCAACACUUUUGGAAAGAGAGCAUUGGUAUCAAUCAAGCAUCAAAAACCAACGUCACCGCCAUGGCAAAACUUAACAGUCUCUCCAUCUUGGUGGCUUUGGUCUCAUCCAUGGUAGCAGCUUCCAUGCUCCCAAGCCCUGUUGCUGCCGAGGUAAUCAACAUUGCCCCAUCUCCUUACGCAGACGGUUUCCAGCUUACAAUCCCUCCGGAGCCUGAACCUGGUUUCUACCAAUUUCUAGAGGAAUGCACCAAAAAGAUGAGUCAAAAAUGUGGGCAAAACGUUGUCGGAAGCAUUUUUGGAGAUACAGUUACUAGUGAUCAAUGUUGCCAGGAGCUUGUUCGUAUGGGAAAAACUUGCCACGAUGACAUGGUCAAGUUUUUCGUGUCACUGCCUGAGUUGAAGCUUAAUGCUUCUGAUGUUUACGCUGAAGGGGAGCAAGUUUGGAAUGACUGUGUCAGCAGAGCUGCAUCACCUUCACCUUCACCUUCUCUUUAAACAUCUGAUUAAUUACUUUUAACAUUAAGCCUAUACGCUUGUCAAAAGUGGCAUAAUUAUUGCUUAAAUAAAGUAAUAAUAAAAUUUCUUCAAUAUUAUUAUUCAGCUUUA